AUGUUACCAGCAGAAGUCUUUGCCAAUACCUCUGAGGAAGAAAUCGAAAUUGUCACAGAGAUUCGCUCCAGACUCAGGGAGGACCCAUCCUUGGAACCCAUCAUCCAGUUUCUAACAGAGGACGCAGACAAUGCACCUCCCUCCAUUCGGAAAGCUUACAGAGACUACGACUGGGAGGAAGACCUGCUAUGGUAUCAAGGGAAACUCGUGGUUCCAGACUCAGAGAUCCUGAAGGAACAAUUACUCAGGGAAUUCCAUGACUCCCCCCUAGCCGGCCACCCGGGCCAACAGAGAACCCUUGAACUUCUAAGCCGCAACUACUGGUGGCCAGGCAUGAAGUCAUCCGCCAAAGAGUGGGUAGAAUCCCACGCCCCGGUCAUUGCCCUUAAACCUCUGGAGGUUCCCCCCUACCCGUUCCACACCAUCUCCUAUGACUUCAUCACAGGUUUCCCAAAAUCUAAUGGUCACAACGCAAUCUUGGUAGUCAUCGACUCCUUUUCCAAAUUUGGGCAUUUUAUCCCAACCACCAAGAAGGUUACGUCAAAGGGUCUAGCGGAAUUGUUCGUCUCUCAUGUGUGGAAACUACAUGGACUACCAGUCAAGACAAUAUCAGACAGAGGAACUACAUUCACAGGGAAGUUCUUAAGGGCACUCUACCAACGCCUUGGUGUAAGACCAUCCUUCUCAUCAGCCUACCACCCGGAGUCAGACGGUCAAACAGAAAGGGUGAACCAGUUCAUUGAGUUCUACCUGAGGUCAUACGUUGCGGCAGAUCACUUGGACUGGGCUUCCUGGUUGCCACUAGCAGAAUACGCAUAUAACAACGCUAAGCACUCCGCCACCGGGAAAACCCCAUUUGAAUUGGUAUACGGGAGGAAUCCAGUAAUGAAUCCAAUGGAAAGAAGCGGAAUCCACCCUGAGAAUGACAAAGGAAAAAUGGCAGGGACCAAAGGAGUGAUCCCGGAAUAUUCUAUCGGAGAAAAAGUCUGGCUAGACGCCAAGAACGUGGAGAUACGUUCCAACUCCAACAAAUUGGACCCCAAACGCCUAGGACCCUUCAAGAUCACCGAGAAAAUCUCCAGCCAUGCAUACCGCCUGGAACUCCCUGAAACCAUGAAAAUCCAUGACGUAUCUUAUGUAGGAUUACUGUCCAAAGUCCACGAAUCCCCAAGCCAACCACUCCCAGAACGACCCCCUCCUGAAACAAUAGAAGGGGAAGAAGAGUAUGAAGUUGAACAAAUCAUUGACUCUAAACAACAAAAAGGGAAAUGGUUUUAUUUGAUAAAAUGGAAAGGAUACGGUCCGGAAGACAAUUCAUGGGAACCGGAAGAACUACUGGAACACAGUCAGGAAGAGAUCAAGCGCUUCAACCAAGCUAGACUCAGAAAGGCUCGUGACGCCGCCAAGAGCCUUUAA